AUGUCUUUUGGUCCGUGCCUAAAGUUAAAUAGUGGCCACGAAAUUCCCCAGCUUGCCUAUGGAACAUAUGACGUUACUAAUAAUGAUGCGGACAAAGCCAUAAAGGCAGCUUUUGGCGCUGGUUACCGUCAUAUUGACUGUGCAAUGUUUUACGGCAACGAGAAAGAAAUAGGUCAGGCCAUUGCAGAAUCAAUGAAAGAGUACAAUCUUAAACGCAAAGACAUUUUCGUCACUUCUAAACUCUGGUGCGAUCGACAUGAUCCUAAAGACGUUAAAAGAUCUUGUGAAGAAACGUUAAAAGAUCUUGGUCUUGAUUAUCUGGAUCUCUACCUUGUUCAUUUUCCUUUUUUGUUUCAUCUUCAAGAUGGCGCUUAUCCUAAUUUAAACGAUCCAAAGGCAUUCGUUUUUGAGGAUCACAAACUUGAAGACACCUGGAGAGAAAUGGAAAAGUUAGUUCCAGCAGGACUGGCAAAAUCUGUUGGUUUGAUUGAAUUCUGUCAAUCGAAAGGCAUUCAGGUCGAAGCUUAUGCUCCUUUCGGCUCUCCUGGGUUCAUUAAGACUAACGUUAAGUCAAUGUUUCAAUUGGAGGCUGUUGUUGAGAUCGCGAAUAAGCACAAAGUUACUCCUGCCCAGGUUCUGAUUCGUCAUGGUCUGCAAAGAAAUUUAGUUGUUAUCGCCAAGAGUGUUACUCCAGAGCGAAUCCAGAAUAACUGUGAUGUAAGUUUUCUCCUUUUAUUUGGCUGUUGCUUAUGA